CAUGAAUGGCGCACGAAUAUAAACCAAGUACUGAAUACAUAAAUUUGAUUUUCCCUCCCAAUUAUAUGGUUAUCUGCAGUUAUUGUGCGCUCAAUGAGUCGAUCUCGUAAAAUUCGUAUAAACACGGCUUUAUGAAAUUUGUGUGAAUUUCUGUGAUUGCAUCAGUGAGGUUUUACGUGAAUCCAUAAUUUGGAAAACGAAAAGAAAGUAGAAAGCGGACAGUCCGAUGCAUUGAACGGCGAUGCACUAAAUGAACACCAAUCUCAUAGACCAAAGAGGUGCAUACCAAGUCCAGUUGGAUUAGAAACUGAAAUGUCUGGAGUUUUUGGCUUCAGCAGAGAAGCCAUCAGAGUUAAAGUAAAAAAAUUUGAAGGAAAUACCUCACCAGAAUUUCGAAAAUUCAGUGUUGAUCCACAGAUAACUUCGUUUGAGGUUCUCCAAAGCAUCUUAGGAAAGGCAUUUGAUAUAAAGGGAGAAUUUACAAUAUGUUAUCGGUUGUUUGAUGCCAAUGGCCAUGAGACUUAUAUGCCUUUACUCUCGGAUUGGGAUUUGGAUGCUGCAUUUAUCAAGGAACAUAAUAUAUCUUUACAAACAAAUACUGAACCAUGUUUGUGUCUUAGAGUAGAUUUAAAAACGUUUGAAGAAUGUACUGAUGAAUGGGAAUUGAAACCUAACAAUGUGCCGAUAAUAACUCAAAUCAGAAAUGCGAAUAGUGAGACAGUUAAGUCUUCCCCUAGAUUACAUGGAAUAUUUAAUCAGGUUUUUUUAAUUUUAGUUUUUAUUAAUUUAAAAUGUGUUAACAAUUUAAUUUUGCAGAUGGGAAAGACUUUGAAUAUGGUGAAAGGUGCAUUCAAUUUUGGAGAAGAUGGAUCUUCUUUGCAACCCCCAAGACCUCCAUUAAGUGAUACUGAAUUUAGGAGGUUCUUAGAUCCUGUAGGACAAAUUUUACACACAAAAGAGUUACGUUCUGUAAUAUAUUUGGGGGGCAUUGAUCACAGUCUGAGGAAAGUGGUUUGGAAGUUUAUUUUGAAUGUGUAUCCUGAUGGUAUGACUGGUAAAGAACGCAUGGAUUACAUUAAGAGGAAGGCUGCAGAGUAUAUGGGGUUGAAGGAGUCUUGGAAGAAAGCUAUAGCUCAAGGACCUGUGGUUGGGGAGUUGGCCUACACUACCGGAAUGGUAAGGAAAGAUGUCUUACGCACAGAUAGACACCAUCCAUUCUAUGCCGGAAGUGACGAUAAUCAAAAUAUUGCUGCCUUGUUCAAUAUUUUAACGACAUAUGCCUUGAAUCAUCCGAAAGUCAGUUAUUGUCAAGGCAUGAGCGACUUAGCGUCGCCUCUUUUGGUAACAAUGGGAGACGAAUCUCACGCUUAUAUCUGUUUCUGUGCACUCAUGCAACGAUUGCAUAUGAACUUUAUGAUCGACGGAAUUGCAAUGACACAAAAGUUUACGCACUUGGCUGAAGGCCUUUUAUUCUACGAUCCGGAGUUCUACAAUUACCUCAAAAUACACCAAGCAGAUGAUUUAUUGUUUUGUUACCGUUGGUUAUUACUUGAAAUGAAGCGCGAAUUCGCAUUCGAUGAUUCAUUACGAAUGUUGGAAGUAUUAUGGAGCUCUUUGCCUGCAGAACCCCCUACAACAGAAUUGAAGUUGUUCGAUGUUCAAUUCCAAUUUCCAGUAAUAACUACACCACCGAUAAGUCCGCUGGUAAAGACCCCACGCGAGAACCCAUAUACUAAAGUAUGUGCGCUGCGGCGACAAAGUAGCUCAAUUUCUUUAGUAAACUAUUCUGGGAAAAAGGCACAACCAGUUCGCAGGCAAAAUCAUAGUUUGGACGACUCUAUGUGUAGAAGUAGGAGUAUAACAUUAGAGAAGAAGCAUCAAAGUUUAGAUGAUAACGUAAUUCCAAAACACUUUGAAUUCCCAAAGUUCGGCGAGCUGAGACCUCGUUCGGUUUCACCGCUGGAACAGAAAUCCGAUUCCGUGAUUUUAAACAAUAGAAUCAACCAAAAAAUCGGCAACAAACCAAAAAGUCUCUCCUCUAGCAUGAGCAACUUAAUUAAGAGGCAAGGACAUUUCAGGGAUUUGAAAGAGAAGUUAGGGAUGUUCGCAUCUUUGGAUACGCUGGAAACCACGAAAGAAGAAUCCGAAGCGAAACCCGCGAAAAUGGUUAAAAAUCUGAACGAGUUUCUCAAUUUUGCGAAGAACACGAAAUUGAGACCCAAAAUUAUGCUUACCAAGUCCAGCUUCGACGAUUCCGAGUCUUCUAGUUUUGACAAAACAUCUUCCCGCGUUUAUUCUUCCAGUUGUGACGACACUUUCGACGAGUGUAGUCCGGACGAUUCUCAAGAGUAUUUCCCGAUGACGACUUCCGUGACGCGAGAAUUGCGAAUUGAAUUGGAAAACCUGGAUAGGCAGGUUUUUGGCAAUAAAUACACUGAGCGAUUGAUCGAAUCUCCGAAGAAACCCGAAGAAGUGGAGAAAGUCAACGUGUUCAUUUGGGAAAAUCCUCUUCAUCAAAGUCCCAACGUUGCUAAAAACGAAUUCAUUCAUACGCCCGAUGAACAAGCGGAUCUGGAUUACGAUCACGAUGCACAAAUUGUGGAUGAAAAAACUAAGACUGUUACGCCUAUCAAAAUCAUACAUUCCACAUCUGCAAGACCGCACCCAAUAAAAUUAAUAGAGCAAUGCAGAGUUGAUCCGCUGCAAGAGAAUGGUACAACCAUGAUGAAUUCCUGCGAAGAGGUGUCGGAAGGAAUCAAGAGUUCUGGAAAUUUACCUUCGCCGAAGGAGUUUGGCGGUGGGAAUCCGUUUUUAAUGUUCCUAUGUAUAACGGUUCUUCUUCAACAUCGUGAUCAUAUUAUCGGCAAAGCAAUGGACUACAACGAGAUGGCUAUGCAUUUCGACAAGAUGGUUCGUAAGCAUAACGUCACGAAAGUUUUGAAUCAGGCUCGACAGAUGUACACGAGAUACAUCAAGCAACAUAAUUUAGCCCAACAGAAAGUAAAUAACAAAGAAGAUUGUUAAUUUUUCUUUUCUUUCCGAGUUUUCCUUACUUACAAAUUGAGCUGCCAUUAGAAUUACACACAUUAUUUUUACCUGAGCAUCGUUCUAAUUACAUUUCAACUAAGGGUAGCCCAAUUAUACGCACUUAAGCUUAUAUAAGAGGACACUAGCUAUAGCAUAAACCAUUUUAUUCUAUGCGUAAUGUUCUCAUAUAUAGACCGGACAUAUACUUUUUCUGUGAUAAUUUUCUGUUAAUGGGAUUUCUGAAACAGUCAAUAAUACAAUACAAUUAAUUUCUACUUAUUUAUUAUUUAACUUCGACGACGUGAAAACUCCAUGUGUACUUGAAUGAUGAAAAAAAAUAUAUACUGAAAAAAUGUGAUAUUCGCGAAACACGGAAAAUAUAGAAAUAUUUAAGAGCAAAGUUUAAGAAAGUAUUAACUAAGGCUGUAUUUCUUUUUGUUUUAUUUAUUUUUAUUGCACUCUGCAGAAACUGUUAUUAUAUUAAAU